CCAAGACGAGAAGUUUGCUUAAACGAGAGAACCACACAAAUGUAGAUCAAAGGAGGAAAAUCGAGCGCUUUGGUCAUAGAGGAAAGGGAAAACUUGGCUCUGAUCUCUGCAAUCAUUGUCUCAUUUAAAAAUGUCUGCCUCUCCGGACCCAGAUGGGGUGCUUCGUUCUUCGAAAGGGCGAGAUAAUUUUCAAAGGAUGGCACGGAUGUUGAUAUGUGGAGGUACUGUACUAUUGAGGGAGGUUUUUGACACGAGAUGUCCACCAAGCAAUCUUCCCACAACACUUCAGAAUCCAGCCACAGUGAAGCUUCUUAAGGCGGCAAAACUCACCAAACCACAGUGGGACUGCCUAUACCCCUCCCCGGGGGUGUAUGGAAAGUCUACAGAUUUUGAUAUAACUCUCCUUUUCCGGUUGCUGAGGACAAUAUGCAGCCUCACCCCUCCUACUGCGGGCUGGGAUUGUUUACCUGCAGGUACAGAUCACAGCUUUGAAGCCGAUUUAGCAAGAAUUAAAUACUACCGCAAUUUGGUAUAUGGUCAUGUGAACGAGAACAUGGAAAUAACUGAUGAUGAGUUUUUAGUUUUUUGGAGAGAAAUUAGCGAGGCUCUGGUGAGAAUUGCGGGUCAAUUCAGCCCUUCAAAGGCAACAGAAUGGCAGAAUGCUAUUGAUGCAUUUUUAGAAGAUCCCCUCACUGUGGAAGACAAGAGACAUGAGCAGGAAUUGCAGCGCUGGUAUCAGAACGAUACAGAAGUAAAAGAAAUCAUAGAAUCUUCAAUGAAACAUUUGCAGAAAGAAAUCGAAUAUUUAGGACAAGAAGUUCGAGAUGAAGCCCAAUGUAUUAGAGAUCACCUCGGAGGGGAAGUGAAAACCACGACCCAAGAAGUACAGCGCUUAGGACAAGAAGUCCGAGAAGAAGCCCUUAGCAUUAAACAUCAGCUUGGUGAGAAAGUAGAAUCUACAGCCCAAGAAGUGCAGCGCUUGAGCCAAGUGGUAGGAGAUGAAGCCCAAGGCAUCAAAGAUCAAUUAAAAAUGUGUGGCCGACGCAAUUCCUCUGCUGGAGUUAAAAUUCGAAUGCAGAUUGAUUGUGAGACCAUCCCAGACCCGCGACGAGAGACAUCAGGGACAGUGACCAUAGCAACUCAGGGUACCCAGGCUGGUGACAAGGAGUUGGCAGUUACUGGAACUUCAGGAAGAACGGCUCUAGACACACAGGAUACCCAGGCAGGAAGGCUCGAGAAGGUAGUUACUGGAGUUAAGCGUAAGGCAGAGGAACCUCCUGCCUCCGCUGGUCUACAACUAGCAGGAAAGACAGAAGGCGUCGAAGAGGCAGGUGUUAAAAGCGAUGUCGUACCCAACGCACAAGAAGUUAUGAAUUUCAUCGGACUCAAGUAUUUCAAGGUGGUUGACCCGACUAAACAAGAGGAACUAAAUGGUUUUCUAAAGUAUAUGACAGAUGUGCGCAAAGUUCUAGUCCUGGAUGCUCAGACAGGAAGUUUGAUAUUAACAGUACUCUGUACUUCAUUGGAGAUACUGGAUGCUCUGUGGCACGACUAUUGUACAGGUCACCUGAAUGACAUGGCACAGAAAUAUCUUGUGACAAAGGACGUUCUGAAGGAGUUUGACCUGACUGAGCUGAAACUGACAACAGCUAUUCAGAAGGAGGAUUAUAUGGCUGCACGAAAGUUCUUUGUGCAGGGUUCAGAUCAUGGUUUGACAAGUAGCAGCAGUAUCUCAAUCGGCUCAGAAUCGACAUCCUGUGAAAAGCUCCACAGUAUCACACUAGGAACUCUAAAGAAAGUUUCAGUUGACUUACCGGAGAGUCGACUUCAAAACAGUAAAGGAGUCCCGGACGAUAUCCGUGAUCUCAAGGGGGAAUUGGAGGGAGCUCUUCUUCCUAAAACGUUCUCAAGGCUAUCACGACAAAUCGGGAAAAUCCUUAUUCAACCACAAGUUGGAAAUACGAUCACUUUGGAAGGUUCGAAUUCCUUAGACACCAUAGAGCAAGUAAAAUCGAGAAUUCAUGUGAUGAAAGGAAUCCCACCAGAACAGCAACGUCUCAUCUUUUAUGGUAAACAACUGGAAGAUAACCGUACUUUAGGUGACUACAAUGUUACGAAAGGAGCGCGUUUGCACUUGAAGUCAAGACUUCGUGGUGGCAUGCUUAUCUAUGUUAAGACUCUUACUGGUGAGACUAUCACUUUAGAAGUAGAACCAUCAGAUUCGAUCGAGAAUGUGAAAACAAAAAUUCACGACAGAGAAGGAAUCCCACCGGAUCAGCAACGUCUCAUCUGUGCUGGUAAACAACUGGAAGAUGGCCGUACUUUGAGUGACUACAAUAUUCAGAGAGAAUCUACUUUGCACACGGUUUUAAGACUUCGUGGUGGUAUGCAAAUCUUUGUUAAGACUCUUACUGGUAAGAUUAUCACUUUAGAAGUGGAACCAGCGGAUUCGAUCGAGACUGUGAAAAUGAAAGUUCAAGACAAAGAGGGUAUUCCACCAAGCCAACAAUAUCUGUUCUUUAGACGACAAGAACUUCAAGACCACAAAACGCUAGGUUGUUACAAUGUUCAAACGGAAUCAACCUUGCAUUUGCGACUAGAGGACGAACUUGGUAAAAUACUUAUUCAAGUGGAGUUUCCCAAAGGAAGAAAAAUUUAUUUUGAUGUUUUACCAAGCGAUGACUUUAAAAGCGUGAAAAGAAUAAUAUAUGAUAGAGAAGGGAUUCCAAUCGAUCAACAACGCCUCAGCCUUGUUGGCAAAGAAAUUAAAGUCGACCACCGUCCUUUGAGUGAGUAUGACAAUCAGAUUGAAUUAGCCUUGCGACUGGAUGUGAAACAACAGAAUGAAGGUUUCCUACUUCAUUUGAAGACACAAUCUGGAAAAACAAAGAUCACAAUGGAAGCAGUGUCUGGAGAUACCGUCCAAGAUGUGAAAAGGAAAACAAUGGAAGAGAUAGGAAUACCGGCAAAUCAGCUACAACUCAUGUUUGACGACCGGGAACUCGAGGAUGAACAACGCACUUUGAAAAGCUACCACAUCACUAGCGACUCAACCAUUGAACUGCUAAUCAGAAGAACACAAGGCAACGCUAUGCACAUUUACGUGAAAAUGCAGAAUGGUAUAAGAGUUGUAGUUGAUGUAUCACCGGAGGAUACCAUCACAGAUUUAAAAGAGAAAUUAAAAGAAAUGAUAGGAACUCCAGUCAACAAGCAGUUGAUCACUUUCGGUGACACAAAACUCGAAGGUGACAAGAAACUGAAUGAUUUCGGUGUAGAACAUGGCUCAACAGUUUUUCUGAUCACCAGCUCCGACACUCACAAGAAGUGCAUCGUAAUGUAAAUAAAUUGCACCAGAUUGUUGUGCUUGAUUGGAAAAACGAACAUGUUUGACAGCUCCAUAAAAAAAUACUAGACAGACUUUGUCUCAACCUGGGAACAAGUUUGUGUUCUACUUGUGAUGUUUGAAUGAACCUUUUCAGCCCGUUGAGUAGAGCUGACCAUGUAUAUACCGCUGAUCACCGACAAUUCCUGAGCCUGCAUUUAGUUCUAAGAUGGCCAAUCAGGCUAAGUUAAUUUCCUUGCACUUAGCUGAGCUGUUGUGACUGGAGACAUUCAGACCAUCUUAACAUUAUCAUAGCUUACCCUAAGCAGGAGCUAGUGUCUGAAAGGCUCUCGAAACACAGAUCAAAAUGGUAGUUUAUGAACUUGUUUCUCUUGCCUAUAUUACGAAGGAAUAGGAAUAUCGCUGUUAAAAAAUGGAACUAUUUUUCCUUAAGAAUUUUCAUUUAUCGAGAAGCAUCUAGAUCUUGAAGCAUUUAAAAGAUGUAGGAAUGUACUUUACAAUAACCUUUUUACAGAGAGACAUUUGUACCGAUAACAUUUACCUAUAUUAAUUUCUGAGUCUCCAGAUAUCACCAGGUAAUUAUGUAACAAUCGUUUUGCCUUAUGUGACAGCCUUAGUCUCUUUUGCAACCUUUCCACAGGAUGUCACACCAUUCUUUCUCGCGUGACAUGCGAAGAAGGCUGUUACAAUUACAGUCUUAUUUCAUAAAUUAUUCAUCAGAUUUCGUCAUAAAUGAGUAACAGUUCGCAGCUGUUUUAAGGCUAAGUUGGAAAUUAGCAGAACAGAUCUAAUCUUUUGAAAAAAUUUUAAAUUCUCGACAAUUUUGGUCAUUUCAAAAGUUACUGCACAAAAUGAUAUCUCAGAAGGAAUUGUAGACGACAACAUUGCAGAAAUAGAUCCAUGAGGACACGUCGUUGACGAACAUUUAGCAAAAUAUAGUUGCGGACCAUAAGACUCAACAAGUUAUUACAGACUGACGAUAUUAACGAUUGAGGCUUUUUCAAGAUAUGCCUUUAUAAAUUACGAAAUAAGGGAA